UUUGCCAUUAGAACAUUCUGGCUAUUACGAAUUUAAUAUAUCAAAAAAUAUAAAAAAGAAUAAUUCGCAAAAGCAGCAAACAGAUUUUGGCGGAAAAACAAAAUUCGAAACAGUGUAGAAUUUUGCUUUUUUACAUGGUUGUGCUUAUAGCACCUGUAACUCAAUCUUUAUUGGCGUAAGUAAACAUAGUAUAAAGAGGGAGGUAGAUAUUUAUUGGCUGUGGAGACGCGGAAUAAUAUAUCUAGUAAUAGCUCAGGACUCUUAAAAAGUGGCGCCAAUAUAACUAAACCCGUAAAUUUAUUAAUAAUAAAAUGGAUAUAUCUGUUAGUUCAUCAACAACUCAAAAUGGUGCAAGCGGAGGUGGCGUUGCGGCUGAAGGUAUAGCUCCUGUUUUUAUUAAACAAAUCUUAUAUUCGCCUGAGGGGAAUUUCAGCUUGUAUGGGAUAACUUUUGGAAUGGUAUCUUGUGUAUGCAUAGUACGUUCGAUUGAUGUGUCUUCUACAAAAAUUACAUAUUCCUUGGAGGACCACUCGGGUCAGAUAGAAGCACAUUACUGGCUAGAAGAAGGUGACUCAACCAAAGCUCCUGACAUUAUGCUCAAUCAUUAUGUCAAGCUGUUUGGUAGUAUAAGGACACAAGGCUCACAGAAAAUGUUAAUGGUUUUUAAAAUGAUUGCAAUAAUGAAUUCUAACGAAGUUUGUACUCAUGUAUUGGAAGUACUGAAUGCUAGGUAUAAAUCUGAAGAAUUUGCUAGUAAAGGAAGUGACACCUACUCUACAAAUGUUGAUUCGAUGAACUUUAACUCCAAGACUAGUGGAGAUGAUUCUCUUGGUUUGGAAGGAAAACAGCUGGCAGUUUUACAAGCCGUUAAGAACAAUAUAAGUACGGAAGGUAUCAGCCGCAAAGAAUUGCAACAAAAAUUCAAUCAUAUCAGUGGAAAUGAACUAAACUCCCUUAUCGAGUUUUUGAUAUCAGAAGGUCAUAUAUAUUCCAGUUUCGAUGCAGACCAUUUUGUUAGUUCGGAGUAACUUUGUAAAUACUUAAAAUUUAAUAAUAUUUAAUAAAUUUAUAAAUAUUCUUUAAUUUAAAA